AUGGCAGCCAGCGGUGCAUCAACCUCGAUCGUCAGUUACGACUGGGGCACUUCAUCCGAUCUGAAGGCGUUCUACACACAGACAUACACCAUCUUCACAUCUUUACAACGUAUCCAUCAGGAGGCUCUUCUCACAGAUCGCGCAGGCCACGGUGCUGCAGGAACAUCUGUGCUACCGUCUGCGGAGACGAUUCAAUACUACAACAGGAUCAGCGAGCACUACGCACGAGCCGUCCAGGACUAUCUUGAAAGGAUACAGCUCGACGACUCUGUGGACACCGCACAGUUUCAGGCAUGGCGAGAUGCACAGACUAUUCUUAGGCUCGCCGAGCUACUGUAUUACCCAAAGGAUGGUAGAGGCAUCAGUGUCGUCGGCGAGGAGCUUCUGCAUUGGCUCAACUCGUUCGACGUUGCACCCACCACUGAAGAAGGCCAGAUGAUUGCGGAAUCGGCUGUCCCCCAUGAACACCCUUCCUACUGGGACUAUGUCCUUCGAUGCCUGCUUCGCGGCUUCCACACCUCAGCAGCCUCUGUACUCAAGUCGCUCGACUCCCACUCUUCGCCUGUCAUCCAGAGAGUAGCACAGAAAGCAGCCAAACUUCUCUCAACACUGCCGCGAUCCACCAAGUUUUCCAUGGAACACGAAUUCGUCGCCGCACACCGCAGCUGGCUAGGAUCAGUCCGCAAGCUCAUCAGCAGUCUUGAAGCAGAGAUGGACGAGAUGGAGGCCGAAGCUGGUCACACCGAACAAGUUGAGGACGAAAGGCUGGAAUACGAGGCGCAAUUUAGGUGCCUUCUCGAGCUUAUGGCAGGCGUCAAAGAUCGCAUCUUCGAGGCUUGCGAGGAUUGGCGCGAGGCUCUCGGCGCGUGGGCCACCCUCGUACACCCGACACUGAAACGUGAUGAUGUGCCAACAACAGCGGCUAUCAUCCUAGAAAAGUUUCCUAUCGACGGCACCAUCCCAGGCGAAGCGGUACAGCAGCACUUGAUCAAGGGAGAAGUAAGACAGGCGGUCCAGAAGGCACAGCAGGUGGACAUCUGGCUUGGAGCGCAUCUUGGCGACCUUGCAGACAAGGUAGGGCUGCUGGAAGACGAACAACAAGCAGAGACAAGCGACUUGCGCCAAGAUUUGCUGCUCAAGUAUGCCCAGGACCUGUUGGACGAGCAGGGAUUGUGGAGGAUCGGCAUUGACUACUUGGCCGCGUGCGGGCCGGAAGGGAGGAAGAAGAUCUCGCACGUCAUCUUGUCUGUUCCACUGCACGGACCGGGGCUAGAAGAAGAGGAUGACGACGAUACUAUGGACCAAGGUGCUGACGGCAACGAUGCUCGUUCAUCCAACAAGUCGUCAGAAUUGGCCAGGGCAGAGCAAGUGUUGCGCGCAUGCUCAGAACACGGACUCGAGACAGAGGCACGAGUGGUAUGCCGCAGGAUGUCACGAUCUUUGAUGGAGCAAGGGCAGUACGGAGUGGCGAUCGCAUACUGUGUGCGAGCAUCAGACACAGUUCUCAUUCGCACAAUCGCGGAUCGCAUUUUGGGAGAAUACGUGACGAAAGGCUCUCAAGCAUUCAACGAGAUCGUCGACUCGUUCCCAUCCUCGCUCAUCUCACCAGCUGACGGUCUCGACCUCAACGGCGAGGAUAUGGUCGAUGAGCAGAAACUCACCCUCAGCAAACACGCACGAGGCUUCUUCUCCAAACGACUCGCCUUUCUCGCACGCUUCAGAGACUUUCACCGACUGUACGCAGAUGGACAGUGGGCUGCUGCUGCGGGCCUCCUUGUUGAGCUCGUCACGACCGAAGCCGCGCCAGAGCGCUUCCUGGCCGUCUUGCUUGUCGAUGCCAUCCCGUUGCUCGAAGACGGUCAAGCAACCUGGUUCGACCGCUCUCAAACGUUCGAGCUGAUCCGCAUCGUCGAACGCAUCACCAACGCUGUCUCGAUGCACCCAGACAUGUCGGAACACUUGCUCGGCUACCUCAAUCAGCUGCUCGGCGUCGAGCAAUCUCGGCAACAAAGCCAGAACAAGGAAGCAGGAUACAACAAGCAGGUCUACCCGGUCAAGCCUUCUGACAAGCUCGAUGCAGUGAGGCUGUCAUUGGCACGCAACCUGGCACGUGUAGGAGUAAUGCAAGCUGGCAUUGCUUGA